AUGCCUCUGACUCCGAAUUUUUCACAGAACGUGCAGUACAACUCUGCCUUGAGGCAGAGUAAAUCGAUCCGCAGCGAGCUCGACACGCUGAAUGCCAAAGGGUCUCCGACUCCAGGUGAGAUUGGCAAUGUAUCGGCGUCGGUGUCAUCGUUCACGAAGAUUAUCGACGAAUAUCACCGCCUUGCACGCCAAGAAAUCGUUCCCAAGAAACAAGAAGAAGCUUUCGAGCGCGUCAAACGAUUUCGAGAGGAUCUUUCCGAUUUCCGGUCCCAAAUUGACGGACUGAAGAAAUCCAGAGACGAGGCCCAAUACCAGAACAACGGAAGAGAGCUACUAGGAAGAAGGCCCUACAAUGCCACCCCUGAGAACCCAUACGCAGGCACACCAACAAACACGAACUCUUCCUUUCACCCUCGACAUACGUCGACGGCAGGCGCGCCCUUAACGACGGGAUCUGGAGACGAGACCCGCGAGGCACAUGCUUUCCGGGAGCAAGCCUUCUUCCAGCAGACGCACUCUGCCCUAGAUGAUUACAUUGCGAGAGGUCAGGCUGUACUCGGCAAUCUCGGUGAGCAGAGGGAGAGGCUCAAGAAUACGCAGAAGAGACUAUACAGUGUCGGGACCACGUUGGGCAUCAGCGGAGACACCAUUCGCAUGGUAGAAAAACGAGCGCGGGAAGAUAAAUGGCUAUUCUUGGGCGGAGUCGUCGUUUUCUUCGCAUUUUGCUGGCUAGUGUUGCACUACCUACGGUGA